GAGACAGAAGAUAAUGCAGAUGCGGUAGAUAUUUCCUCGAUCGAGGUUAGACCUAAAGAAGCUGAGGCUUGUUGGGACUCGCAAGAAUGUUCAACCAAUAAAACUGAGAAUGUCACAGAAGACGAGGCUGACGGGGGUUUACGAAAUUUUAACGACGCUUCCAAGCAGGUGGUGCCUGAAUCACUACCAACAACAUCAGCCUCAAGUAUUUUCAGUUCUGAUCCAGCACGGUGGACAACCAUAAGCGCAGAUCUUAUCGAUUACUUCUCUCGUAAUCACCCUGUGCAGAAAUUGGAUAUAAAUUUUAAGUUAUACGCCACUAAAUUUGGCGAAAUAAUGAGAUGUCCAUCACAAGAUUAUUUUUUCAGAAAACUGAACAACAAUGAUAUUAUAAAAAGGGACUGGUUGAUAUUUUCCGAAUCUACUGGCUUUAAUGACUGGAAAAACGCACAUUCGAGAAUUUCAAGUCAUGAAGUGUCAAAAGAACAUUUUGCAUCUAUUUCUGCUUUAGUGAACUACCAACAAACUAGAAAAAUUGAUGAGACGUUUGAUAUUGUCAAGGAAAAAGAAAGCACAUAUUGGACAACGGUUUUAAGAAGAGUAGUGGAAGUAAUUAAGUUUUUGGCCGAAAGGGGACUAGCGUUUAGAGGCGAUAAUGAAAUACAUGGUGAUCCUAGUAAUGGCAAUUUUCUUGGGUGUAUCGAUCUCUUAGCCAAAUUUGAUCCGUUUCUAGAAGAACAUGUAAGAAGAUACGGUAAUCCAGGCCGCGGAAAAGUAUCAUAUUUAUCCUCCACAACGUAUGAAGAACUAAUAAUUUUACUGGGGUCAAAAGUAUUGGAAAAAAUAGUUACAGAAAUCAAAGAAGCCAAGUAUUAUGGAAUCACUGUGGAUUCUACACCUGACGUUAGCCAUACGGAUCAACUCUCCAUAGUUAUUAGAUAUGUCUCAAAAACUGGAGAUAUAUAUGAAAGAUUUUUGAUGUUUGUUAAAAUAGAAAAACAUGAUGCCAAGUAUCUUUUUGACACUCUAAUUUCAGUUUUAGAAAAUCAGGGAAUAGACCCAAAAUUUUGCAGAUCGUCCCCUCAAAGAUGGUCUAAACUAAGGUCUUUGGGAAGUAAAAUUUCUGUAAAAAGACUUUCAGAGACCAGAUGGUCAGCACGUUAUGAGGCUGUAAAAACAUUAUGUGCCCAUUAUGAUGAUAUACGUGGUAUUCUUACAAAUAUUUCAACUAGUGAAGGUAUGAAACCUACAACAGUGAUUGAGGCACAAACCUUAAUCCAUCAAAUGAAUACUUUGGAGAUGGUAUUACUCACAGUUAUUUGGGAAGAUCUACUAAAACACGUCGAUAUUGUAAAUAAAUCUCUUCAAGAACCUGGCAUCGAGUUUAACACGAUGGUGCGACUUUACGACAGUUUAAUUCAAUAUUUAUCUCACUGCAGAACUGAGGACAUGUAUAAUAGCUAUUAUCUUAAGGCAAAAGCCCUUGCACCAGAUUCAGAAUUUAAAGAAUCCGAAACUAGAGUUCGUAAGAGAAAACGACAGUUCGAUGAAGGGCCAGAUGAGACUCCCUCUCGCAGUGCCAAAGAUUCCUUUAAGAUUAAUGUUUUUUUUAUUGUUCUGGAUGUGCUUUGCGCUGAAAUGACAAAGAGACGCACUGCGUAUACCAGCCUUUAUGACACAUUUAGUUUUCUUACGGAUAAUACACUGACCGAGGACAUUAUCAAGGUUAAGGCUCAAGCUCUGGUAAAAAUGUAUCCGUCUGACUUAGAAGAAAACUUUGUUGAUGAGUAUUUGAUUUUUUCAAAUUUGUACCCCAAAACCACCUCUAUAACGGAUCUCAUCAAAUUACAAAUAAAGGAUAAACUUGUGUCAAGUUUCCCAAAUGUUAAUAUUGCAUUGCGCAUAUACCUUUCGAUAUUGGGUUCGAAUGCAGAAGGAGAAAGAUCAUUCUCCAAGUUGAAGCUUAUAAAAAAUUUUAUGCGUUCAACUAUGGGUCAAGAGAGAACUUCGUCACUGGGCCUUCUGUGUAUUGAAAGUGAUGUCGCUCGCGGCAUUAAUUUUGAAGAUAUAAUACACGAAUUCGCUGUGUCAAAAUCCCGAAAAAAGGAGUUAUUUUAG